AAGGAGACUGGGGAAAAGAUAACGAUAUAAGAUACGCUUGUCGGGCAGUCAAAACAUCCUGUAAGAGAGUAGAACCAUACGAAUAGCACGUUUCCUGCUCUUGAGGUCGUAAAACCACAGGUCGUUCUUUGUGAGUGAGUAAAAAGAUUUCAAUCUAUUCAACAAAUUGCUGUAAUUCGCAGUGUUAUCACGAUGGAAGAAAAAUGCACGGAAUGUGGAUGCGAUUGUUCAAAGUGCAAAUCAAGCGAGGAAUGCAUUAUAUUAAGGGAAGAAAUAGCAAAGCUUUGUAGAAAGCUCAAUAACAGCGAGCAACGAAAUCAGGAAUUGGAAAUCGAGUUGUCAAAUUUACACCGAUCGAGAAAAGAAGACGAGGAGAAAAGAGAUGAAAGCAUCGAGUCGUACGUGGAACAAAACAAACGACUGAGAGAGGUCUACGAGGAUGCCUUGCAACAAAAUCAAGACCUUGAAAGUCGGAUCUUAAGUUUGGCCGACGAGCUGCAAGCAGAGAGAGCGAGGUUUGACGAAGCCUUGAUGACGAUGACUGAACGUCUUGUAGACGCCACAGAGAAAAUGAAUAAAAUGGAAGCGCAAAUGUUUAUAGAUUUAAUGAAAUGACAGAAAUGUAAGGAAAAAUUGAAAGACAGCGUUAUAUCACCCAUGUAUCAUUCAAUUACAUAUUUUCAAAAAACAAUUUAUAAUGUGUACAAAUAAAAAAGUUUUGAUCACAAAA